CUAUAGUUGCACUUUAAGACUAUAGUUGUGCUCCUCUCUGGCCUGGGACUAGUUUGCGGCAAGAUGGCCAAACACACCAAGAAGGUUGGGAUCAUGGGCAAAUACAGGACCCGUUAUGGUGCCUCCCUCAGGAACAUGGUGAAGAAAAUUGAAAUCAGCCAACACGCCAAGUACACUUGCUCCUUCUGCGGCAAAACCAAAAUGAAGAGACGCGCUCUGGGCAUCUGGCACUGCGGUUCCUGCAUGAAGACAGGAGCUGGCAGAGCCCGGACCUACAACACCACCUCUGCUGUCACAGUCAAGUCCGCCAUCAGAAGACGGAAGGAAUUGAAAGACCAGUAGAAGCUCCACUACCUGAAACCUCUCUGGCCUGUAAUAAAUGGGUUAAUUUAUGU